AAGAGAAGCUGGGACACCUAUAGUUCAUGUGUAGGUCCAUGUCAUGCUGACCUGGAGCAAGACGCGAAGCCCUGAAUGGAAGCGCAGAACCAGACCUCGGUGGCAGAGUUUAUACUCGAGGGCCUGAGUGACCAAGCGGAGAUGAAGGCAGCCCUCUUUGUGCUGUUGCUGCUCAUCUACACCGUCACCCUUUUGGGCAACGUGGGGAUAAUCGUAGUCAUCCGGGGUGACCCACGCCUCCACACGUCCAUGUACUUCUUCCUUGGCAGCCUCUCCGUUGUUGACAUCUGCUUCUCCUCUGUGAUUGCCCCCAGGACUUUGGUGAACUUCCUAUUGGAGAGGAAGACCAUUUCCUUUGUUGGCUGCAUGGGCCAAGCCACCUUCUACAUCAUCUUCGUGACGACUGAGUGUUUCCUGCUGGCCGUCAUGGCGUACGACCGGUACGUGGCCAUCUGUAACCCCCUGCUCUAUUCCUCUGUUAUGACUCGGAGGUUGUGCAUGUGGCUGGUGGUGGGGUCAUACAUUGGGGGUGUCCUGAACUCCGUCAUACAGAUGACCUUCAUCAUCAGGCUGCCUUUCUGCAGCUCCAAUGUCAUCAACCACUUCUUCUGUGAUGUUCCUCCCCUCCUGGCUUUGUCCUGUGCCAGCACCUACAUCAAUGAGAUGAUCCUCUUCUCCUUGGCCGGCAUCAUUGAGCUCAGCACCAUCUCCACCAUCCUGGUCUCCUACAUCUUCAUCUCCUUUGCCAUCCUGAGGAUCCGUUCAGCUGAAGGCAGGCAAAAAGCCUUCUCCACCUGCGCGUCCCACCUGACAGCAGUGACCAUGUUGUAUGGGACGACAAUCUUCAUGUAUUUACGCCCCAGCUCUAGUUACGCCCUGAACACUGACAAAGUGAUCUCCAUCUUCUACACGGUGGUGAUCCCCAUGCUGAACCCUCUCAUCUACAGCCUGAGGAACCAGGAGGUGAAGGAUGCUCUGAGGAGAAUGGCAGAAAGAAUCACAGUCAGGCUCUGA